AAUGAUUAUAAGAAUGAAUCCUCUAAGUCCACCAAAAGAAGUUUAGAAGACUAUCUAAGUGUUGCCAAGUAACAUUUUGGAUAAUACUCGCAUGACUGUGACAAGAGAUAAUAGAUAAUAGAAUAGCUCCAAAAAAAAAAUUAGAGCAUAAUAAUUGAGGAAAGAGAUUUUGAAUAAAACAUCUAUAUCUUAGGUUUCAGAAAGCUCAGAGGAAUCUGGUGAAGAGGAUGGCAAUUUUGGAAUGAAAGAUGUUGAUGCAUUUAUUUCAAUGAUUAAAGAGCAUAAAUUAAGUUAAUAAGAAUUCAUGUAUUUGAUAAAAAGUAAGAAACAUUCAAAUGAUGCAUAUAAUAUGAGGAUAGUUAAUUAUCCAUAUAUUCAAAAGCAUUAUUUUAAUAAUUUUUAUACAUUUUCAGCCAAGAUCAUAAUUUUUACAAUUGAAUAUGUUUCAUUAAAUACCUGAUUAGAAGAAAGAGAUUAAUUUAAAGCAACUAAAUCAUUAAAUUUUUUUAAGAAGUUUCGUAAAUGGAAGACUUUAAAGAAAUGGCAAAAAAUAUUACAUUUACAUAAAACUUCUAUUAUUUAAGCUUAACUUUGUAAAAAGUUGUUGAAUUUAAAUCCAAUCUAUUAAAAAUUAAAAGUUUCACAUAGAAGUCUAUGUUUUAUAUAUAGCACUUAAAAUUGUAGAUGUAGAUAAAAUAGAAAAUUUAUUGA